AUGCCUCCACCGCCAGAUCUGUCCUCCUAUCGCCUCAGCGAUGCCGACUCCCAGCGCAUCUUCCUCGAGGAAAUCCUGCCCGCCGAGUUCCCCGUGUCCGGCGGCGCCCCGUCCCCCUCCACGCGCGGCCAACCCCUGGCCGUGCUCGCCGUGGGCCAGACCGGCGCCGGCAAGACGCGUCUCGCGCCCGCCCUCCUCCAAGCCCUAUCCGCCGUAGCCCCCGCCCCCACGCACUUGAUCGCCGACACGUACAAGACGUACCACCCCUCCUACGCGCGGCUGAUGCAGACGGCGCCGCAGCACGCCUCCGCCGCGACCGGCCCGGACGCGCGCCGGUGGCUGGCGCAGGCCGCGCGCGAGGCCACCGCGCGCCGCGUCGACGUGGUGCUCGAGAGCGCGUGCCGCCACCCCGACGACUUUGCCGAGCUCGCCGCGCUGUUCCGCGCGGCCGGCUACCGCGUCGAGGUCGUCGUCAUGGCCGUGCCCGCGGCGCUGUCGCGUCUGGGCAUCCUCGCCCGCUUCUACAGCAGGGCGCCCGAGGCUCACUCGCGCGGCCUCCCGGUGCGCCUGACCCCGACCAAGGUGCACGAGGACGCGUACGCGGGCUUGCUGCGUGCGGCGGCGUGGCUGGAUGAGGACGGCGCCAAGGCGGACCAGGUCGUGGUGCUGCGCAGGGGAAAUCUGGUCGCGUAUGGGUGGGAGCGCGGCGGGGGGGAGGCGUCGACGAUUGAGGCGGCUGUGGAGAGGGAGCGAUGCCGCCCGCUGACCGAGGUGGAGAGGAGGAUCGCGCUGGAGGAUGUGCAAAAGCUGGACGAGCAUGAAGAGGCAAGGGAGCAGCUGGAGGAGGUCAAGGGGCUUCUGAAGCCACUCAUCGAAGACGGCGCGCAAGAUGGGACACAUUCGCCUUUGGUUCCGCUUGUAUUUGCCCAAAAAGAUGGAGAUGAGAGAGCAAGCAAUGUGCUUAGAUUGGGGUAUGUAUAA